AUGUAUAGCUUGCAAGCCGCAUUCAUUGAGGCGGCUCCGGCUGCUGGGGACGGCCAAUCUGUCUUUGAAAGCAAGCCUGCAGAAAGUAAAGCAGAGACGUCCUACUCCAAAGCUGCUGCGGCCGCGGAUCAGUCGCAGUCGGUAUUUGAGAGUCAACCGAAGCAGUCCGCUGCUAUGGUCAGCCACAAUGACAAGACCUCCGCGCAGGGAACGGACCAGUCUGUCUUUGAGAGCCAGCCGGCGCAGAGCAAGGCUGAAAUCGGAUACGGCCGAAAUGCUGCUGCCUCUGACCAGGAGCAAUCCGUCUUCGAGAGCAAGCCUGCCGAGAGCAAGGCUCAUUACAAGGCCGGUGCUGCAGUCGAUGAGGACGAGUCGGAGUACGAAACGGAUGAAGAAGGAUGA